AUGUCGCCUCCGCAGCGAAGACGGAGCGCGCGCCUCGCGGUCGCCGUCGCGCGCGCGAUCGACGACGACGACGGCAGAUCCAUCGACGACCCGCGGCGGGCGAACGCCGCGUUGGAGGAGGAGGUUCGAUCGCCGUGCGAAGCCGCGCGCUCGCCGUCACUUCUGGAGCGACUCCACGCGGACGCGAACGAUGUCUUCACCGAGCACGUGCUCUUGCGGCUCGACGACGGCGACCUCGCGGUGCUCGCGACGGUGAACCGGAAGAUGCGCGACGUCGUGUUCGAAUCGCCCGUCGGCGACGUGAGGGACGUCGCGGCGGUGAGGAGAGAGCUCGCGAGGGUGCCCAACUUCGUCGUGUCGAUCGGCAGGCUGGCGUGGGCGAAGGAGUGA